CCUCUAGGGUACUUUAACUUAUUUAAAUGUAACAACUUGGUCCUUUAUGUUAUUUUUGCUCCACAAUAGUCCUUUAAGUUACCUAACACUAUCAACGUUGCCCUUGGUCAAAGGUUCCGUCCCAAAAAUGAUGAUUUGUCACUAACGGUGCUGAGCUGUCCGUUAAGUUAUGCUGACUGUGAAUAUAUCAUAUUGUUUAUUUAAUUUGGGGAAAAAAUUCCUACAAAUCGUGAACCCUAAGCUUUCUGGGUUUACAAUUCCAUCUCAUUCCCAAAACCGUGAACCCUAAUUUUUUUCUCCUCUCCGUCAAUGGCCCAACUCGGUAGCAGCGCAACAAAUCGUAGAGCUGAGAACUCAAUUUCGUUAAUAUCGAGUGCGUCUCAAUCUGGAAUUGAACCGUUAUGUUUGUGUGGAUCCAAAGCAGCGAUAAGAUCAGUUAAGAAGAAAGGAAGAAACUUGGGGAAGCUAUUUUGGGGAUGCAGAUACUUUAAGAGUGAAGAUGAUAAUCCUGGUUGCAAUUUUUUUCUGUGGUAUGAAAAUCAACACAGUGAUGAAAGCAAACAAGAGAUACAACACGCUGCAUUAUCAAGGUGUUUUAAAUGUGACGAAAAGGAUUUACAACUCAAGAUGCUUAGGAGGGAUGACAACUACAACAAGGAUAUCAUGAAGAACAUUUUGAAGAUGAUGAAGAUGCUAUUUUAUGUCAUAAUCUGUUUAGUUUUGAUUGUUGUAGUGUUGAUUUGUAUGUUGUUUAAGGAGUGGUGAUCAUAGUUAAUGUUAAUGUUAUGGUUGUAACAAGUAGUUUUUGGCCCCUUGAUGUAAUAUUUUAUGACAAUUGGAGUUUAAUGCUAUCUUCUUGAUCUGUGUUGCAUAUUCCAGUUUUGAUAC